AUGGGGCGAUCUGAUGUGCGAUAUGAUGGACAGAAGAAAUACAUAAGUUCUCGGAUGUAUCUGGCACAUGAAACCAGAUCCAUCGACUUUCUCAAUUUGCCAACUCUCUUCAGUGACACCGGUACCACUGUGCCAAUGAGUCCAAAGACCAUUGCUGCAGUAAGAGCAGGUGAUGAAACUUUCGUGAGAGAUAUGACAAUUGAUGUUGAGCUUGCUCUAAGCUCAGUGAACGAUCAUGGAAAUACGAUGCUUCAUCUUGCAGCGGCCGCGGGUCACACCAGCCUUGUGUGUUAUAUGCUCUACGCGUACCCAGGUCUUCUAAUGAAGUCAAACCUAAUGGGCGAAGUCGCUCUCCAUAUUGCAGCAGGCGCAGGGCAUCUUGAUGUUGUCGAGGCUCUGGUUAGUUACAUUAAUGAUAAAAUCACACGUGCUGUUGCCAAAAAGAUAUAUUUUGCUAAGAAUAGAAACGAAGACAAUGCUUUACAUGUUGCCUUAAAAAGGAAACAUGUUAAGGUGGCUUCCUGUUUGGUUUCUGCAGAGCAAUGUUUGUCUUUUGUUCCAAACAAGGAUGGGUUUUCUCCCUUGUAUUUAGCUAUUGAAGCUGGACAGGCAGAUCUUGCGAAACAUAUGUGGAAACAUUCAAAUAAUGGAUCAAGUAGCACAUAUUGUUUAGCUUCAAAGGUAGGAGGAAGAUCCAUAGUUCAUGGCGCUAUGAAGGCUAAGAGAAAAGAUCUCAUUGCUGCUAUACUUAAUGAAGAUGCAAGUCUUAUUAACUUGAGAGAUGAAGGAAGGACUUGUCUUUCUUUUGGUGCAUCCAUUGGAUAUUAUGAAGGGGUUUACUAUCUGUUAGACAAAUCUAUAGACAGUGUUUAUGUCAGCAAUGAUGAUGGCUCCUUUCCGAUUCAUAUGGCCGCGAAGUAUGGACAUGUCAAAAUUCUUAAGGCAAUCCUUAAGCGUUGUCCAGAUGCACUUGAGUUGCUUGACAUAGACGGUCAAAACAUUCUUCAUGUUGCAGCAAAAAAUGGAAAAGCCGAAGUCAUCAAGUUUAUCUUAAGAUGUUAUAAGGAUAAGAACAAGGAAAAGUUGAUUAACGAAGAAGAUGUGAAUGGAAACACUCCAUUGCACUUGGCCACCAAAAAUUGGCACCCUAAAGUUGUCAGUAUGCUUACUUGGGAUAACAGAGUUGACUUGGAAACACUGAACCAUAACGGUCUCACAGCUAUAGAUGUCGCUGAGGAGAACAUGGAUUCGAGCUACACAUUUUUUCAGAGGUUGACUUGGAUGGCACUGAUAUCUGCUGGUGCACCAAGUGGUCCCAACCCAAUAACAUCCACUCUCGUAACAGACAAUCCAGACGGUGGGAAGCACAAAGAUCGGAUCAAUACUCUUCUUUUGGUGGCCACUCUUGUAGCCACAAUGACUUUCACUGCAGGGUUCACACUUCCAGGGGGUUACAACGGUUCUGCUCCCAACUUGGGGAUGGCAACUUUGGCCAAGAAAACAGCUUUCCAAGUGUUUCUCCUAUUUGACACCUUGGCGAUGUACUGUUCUAUCGUAGCGGUAGUUGCUCUCAUUUGGGCACAUUUGGGAGAUAUUUCCCUCAUAAUGAAAGCGUUCAAUCUUGCAUUGCCACUUCUCGGGUUUGCGCUUAUAUCUAUGUCGAUAGCAUUUAUGGCUGGAACUUAUGCUUCAAUAAGCCACCUCCCCUUUCUUGCAUAUUUCAUAUUAGGCAUCGGCCUGUUCUUCCUAUUGGCUUUACUGCUGAUCAUUAUUCCUUAUGUGUCCCCGCAUUAUACUACGAAUCUCUUUCUUCGACACAUAUUUUACUGCCCCUAUUUCCUUAUGCUUUUAGCCGCUGGUGACAACCGCAACAAUGACUGA